GAAUUGAAGCCCAGAAACAAAGACAACCUACAAGUGAACUUCCCCUGCUUUCAAUCUUGAAGCUUCAACUCCGACUGACGCAAACUGAACGAUGGAACCCCAAGAACGACUGGAAUCAGUGAACAAGGUCGAGUUCCACCCAUCGGAGAUAGAGUAUGUAAGCUACGGCGGAGAGCAUCACCUGCCGUUGAUCAUGAACCUCGUUGAUCAAGAACUCAGUGAACCCUACUCCAUCUUCACUUACCGCUACUUCGUCUAUCUCUGGCCCCAUCUUUCUUUCUUGGCGUUUCACAAAGGCAAAUGUGUGGGCACAGUUGUGUGUAAGAUGGGAGAACAUCGAACUACUUAUAGAGGUUACAUUGCAAUGCUGGUUGUUAUUAAACCUUACCGUGGAAGAGGCAUUGCUACUGAACUCGUCACUAGAUCGAUUAAGGUGAUGAUGGAAUCUGGCUGUGAAGAGGUAACGUUGGAAGCUGAAGUCACGAAUAAAGGAGCACUUGCACUGUAUGGACGUCUUGGGUUCAUUAGGGCAAAACGGUUGUUCCGCUAUUAUUUGAAUGGUGUUGAUGCUUUUAGACUGAAGCUGUUAUUCCCUUGCCCAGAGAUACACCCAGCGUUGUCUAUGAUGGCGGAAAGAGAUGAGAGCCAGAUGCAUCAUGAUCACAUGGUGCCAGGAGAAUGUCACUAACGGCAUUAAGAAGAACCCUGUUAAGACUCAUCAUGUUCACAUAGCAGCAGGAGGCUCCUGAGUUUAGAAUUCCCCUUGGUUGAGAUACAUUUAUUUCCUGCAUGUUGAAAUUCACGAUUAACUGUAACAGAUAACCGCGUUUGAGAAUUGUGAAUUUCAUCCUAUUGCCGAAAUUGAUCGACAAUGAAUUAUGAUUUUUGUAGCUCCAAUGUUUUACAGAGUUUGAAGUGGAAUAACAAUGUAACAAUAAGCUUAAAUUUAUAUUCAAAUUAUUUCUUUUUCGCCAA